AUGACGUCCACUACAGAUAUCAAACCCUGGCUCCGUCCAGAACCAGGAUACUAUGCUCUUACCCACGCCAAUGUCGUAGACGUUGCAAACGGUACAAUAUUGGAAGACCAGUACGUGCUGAUAUGUGAGGGAGUGAUUAGUUUUAUCUCAUCUUCUCUAUCGAGUCCGCCGCCCCCGGAAACGAUCAUAGAUUGCAGUGGCAUGUACAUCUGCCCGGGGCUAUUUGAUGCCCACGUGCACUUCGUCGCCGUUCCCGGCUUCAAAGAUCUGUCCAUGGCAUUUGGCAAUUUCAACGACGUAUCCCUCCUGCGACAGCCAUACGUCGCCACGCAAAUGCUUUACCGCGGGUUUACGAGCGUACGAGACUGCGGGGGUGCGCAGCUAGCCUUGAAAGAAGCAAUUGAAGACGGCGUAUUCCCCGGACCAAGAUUAUUCAUUGCCGGACACGCCCUUUCGCAGGCAGGAGGCCACGGGGAUAUUCGCGCCGCGCACGACCACGUGCAAUGCUGUGGAGGACACACCAACGGGCUCGGGCGCAUAUGUAAUGGAGUACCGGAAUGCAUGACAGCGGUUCGUGAGGAGAUCCGCUCGGGCGCUGACUUCAUCAAGAUCAUGGGCUCCGGUGGAGUGUCGACCCCGACAGAUCGGUUGGACCAAUUGCAGUUUACUAAAGCCGAGAUCCAGGCCAUGGUAGAAUGUGCUGAGAAUGCGGGCACUUAUGUUACAGCGCACGCCUAUACUCCGAAAGCCAUUAUGCAUUGUAUCGACAAUGGUGUAAAGGGAAUCGAGCAUGGCAAUUUCAUCACCGAGGAAGUCGCAAAAAUCAUGGCGGAACGGAAGAUCUACCUGACUCCGACACUUAUAUCUUACGCGCAGAUGGAUUCUGAACGUUGGAGGGGAUAUCUCCCCCCUGAUGGGCAGGCUAAGAAUACCGAAGUUUUGAGUGCUGGCAUGCAGAGCUUGAAAAUUGCGUCCGACGCGGGAGUCACGCUCUGCUAUGGAAGCGACCUGCUUGGUCCUCUGGGUAUAGCGCAGACUGGGGAAUUUGCACUCAGAGCGCAGGUUCUCAGCCCGCUGGCUGUCCUGCAGAGCGCGACCAUCAACCCAGCGAAGAUGAUGGGCCAGGAAACGCGGAUUGGCCAGAUCAAAGAGGGGUUUUUGGCGGACAUCCUUUUUCUCAAAAAGAAUCCACUUGAGGAUAUUACUAUCUUCGACCGGCCGGAGGAAUGUGUCCUUGGAGUGAUGAAGGAGGGUCGCGUGUACAAAAGUCGUUGCGAGGAGCUGACGGAGGAUGCGCACAUUCCAGUGAGGCUGACGCCAUCUAGACAGUAA